CUCCCUCAGGUCUCCUGUGCACUCUUCGUGCACACGUGGCAGCAAUGUACAAUUCGUGGUGGUUUGAGGGUCACUGUCACACUAAGACAAAAACCUGGAGAACCAAGGUUUGGAAUCACGUAGAAGUAAUUCAGGCGAAAUGUUAAAAAAGGCAGAAUCCAGAUGGAGCCAAGAAGACAGGCGGGCAGGUUUCCAAGUGAAACAAGAGCUGGAAGAAGAUGCAAUUAGUCUUGAAGCUUAGGGCCAAACAGAAAACUAAGGUUCUAGGAGACAGCCUGGAGGAAGCACAAACAAGGAAAACAAUAGCUGUGCUUCUGUGUUGUCUGGACGCCCACAGGACCUGGAUAUAAAGGCCGUCCAACAGGAGCCUCCACACCAGCUCCCGCCUCCACCCUGACAGCCACUCCAGCCACGCACCCAUCAUGUGCCACACCAGCUGCUCCACGGGGUGCCAGUCAGCCUGCAGCCCACCCCCGUGCUGUGUCCCCACUGCCUGCUGCUCACCCUUGAGCUGUGGGAGCUCCUGCUGCCGCCCAGUGUCCUGUGUGACUCUGCUGUGCCAGCCUGUCCCUUGCCAGGCAGCCUGCUGUGUGCCUGUGAGCUGCAAGCCCGCCGUGUGCAUGGUCCCCUCCUGCCAGUCCUCCUGCUGCUGCCAGCCGUCCUGCUGCUACCAGCCCUCCUGCCCCACCCGGGUCUGCAGACCCAUCUCCUGUGGCACCCUGCCUGCUGCUAGCAAAUCAUCUGGAUACUCGAGUCUCUGCUAUUAA